UGAUUGGCUGUCAGAUUCCCGAGCGAAUCCCACCCGAGGCUGUAGAUAUCUAGCGUUUAGGGUUUGAAUGGUGUACACACAGAGGGCCGCGUCGAUGUUUUGUGAUCUUUAGCCUCUGCUGAAAAACCCAAAUUGUCAAGCCUAAACCGGCGAGUCAGCACGAUGAAAUUAGGCGAGCGCUUUCGGAAGAGAGUGAACACAAUGGCACCUUACUGUGUUUAGGAUUACUGCAGCAGCGGAGAUCAGAGCGAGCGCGAGGUCUGCCAGCCCAACUCGGGCGGACGUUGCGUUUGAAUACGGUGACAGUCAACAGCGUCCUCCCACCCUGCUUUUAUAUAAUGGAAGAUCGCAUACAGAUAUGAUGUGCUGAUGCAGACGAGGUGGUAAGACGCAAGGUUUCCCCACUGGAGCAUACAGUGUUGAGGAGCAUACCGUGUUGAUGAGCGUAAAGGCGAAGGCUGACUUUACUUCACGACGCCUCAAUUCAUCCUGAGACUGAUAUUUCUCGCCUGUGUUCCUGUGAAACUGAAGCAAUGGCGAGACACACUGCUGUCAGGGCUCGAGCCAUAUGCUCUGCUUUCAUGAGCUAGCCUCCCGCGGGUGGCCACCUUACCAGCUCUAGUAGGACUAGCUGCGGUCCGUCAGCUGCAACGCGAGCUCCGCGCAGGUGCCGUCGGUACGAGGUGAAGCUGGCGGCCCUCCGGUUAGAGUCGGAGGAGAAGGAUCUGGGCGCCAUGGCGUGGGUGCUGAAGAUGGACGAUGCUACCAUAGAGUCUGGGCUUGUGCACGACUUUGAUGCCAGUUUAUCUGGCAUCGGUCAAGAGCUCGGGGCUGGCGCGUACAGCAUGAGCACCCUGCAGUUCUGCAGUUCACAUGGUCAUCCAAAGGCAUCCGGACAGUGUUCACACUGGAGUAGUGUUUAUAUUAUUGAUGUAUUGGCUCUGCCCAUCUUUAAGCAGGAAGAUGUUAGUGUUCCUGUGGAGUCUGACUCCAAGAAUCCUCCGUUUCAGUAUGUGCUGUGUGCCGCCACGUCCCCUGCUGUUAAACUGCAUGAAGAGACGCUCACCUACCUAAACCAAGGCCAGUCUUAUGAGAUCCGGUUGCUUGAUAACAGGAAAAUAGGGGAGAUGCCAGACCUCAACAAGACUGUGAAGAGUAUAGUUAGGGUGGUUUUCCAUGACCGAAGGCUUCAGUUCAUGGAGCAACAGCAGCUGGAGGGUUGGAAAUGGAAUCGGCCCGGUGACCGUCUUCUUGACAUCGAUAUCCCCAUGUCAGUUGGCAUCACAGAGCCCCACACACACGCCUCCCAGCUCAACGCUGCAGAGUUCCUGUGGGAUCUCUCCAAAAGAGCAUCUGUGUUUGUGCAGGUUCAUUGCAUCAGUACAGAGUUUACCCCACGAAAACACGGUGGAGAGAAAGGAGUUCCAUUCCGUAUCCAGAUUGACACCUUUAAGCAAAAUGAAAGUGGAGAAUAUACGGAGCACCUGCACUCCGCCAGCUGCCAGAUCAAAGUCUUUAAGCCAAAGGGAGCAGACAGAAAGCAGAAAACAGACAGGGAGAAGAUGGAGAAACGGACCGCACAAGAGAAAGAGAAAUAUCAACUUUCCUAUGACACCACCAUUUUGUCAGAGAGUCAUGUGACUAAACAACAUGGCUCCGAUCACAGCGGAGUUUGUCUGGGGGAGACACCAACAAAACUACAUCUGACUCGGUUGGAGCCUGUGAUUGAGGAGGCUGUGGAACAUGAGCUUAAAAAAUCAAGCAAACGUACACUUCCUGCAGACUGCGGCGAUUCCAUCGCCAAAAGUAAACGAGGAAGUUGCUCUCCAUGGUCAGAUAAUGCAUACGUCAGUCCCAAUACAGCAGCUACUCCAACCUUCACCUCCAGCACACACACAUACAGCACUGGCAGCACAGUACCUGACAGUGAGUCAUCCUCACCUAACCACCAAGGGGAUCCUGGUACCCUCAUGUCUAUGGAGUCUUUGAGUCCCACAGCCUCAAUACAGGAGACACAGAAGUGGCUCCUUAUGAACAGAUUCAACUCGUACAGUCGUAUUUUCACCCAUUUCUCAGGUUCUGAUCUACUGAAAUUAACUCGGGAGGAUUUAGUCCAAAUUUGUGGUGCAGCUGAUGGAAUCCGACUUUACAAUGCACUGAAAUCAAGAGCAGUGCAUCCCAGACUCACAGUCUAUGUCUCCCUGGAGGCUUCUCAGUGCGAGAGCCCUCUUCUGGAGAAAUGUGGCCACAGCAAAAAUGGAGAACACAGCAGUCAAACAUCCAUACAUGUUUACCAUGCUCUUUACCUUGAUGAGAUGACCGCUUGUGAGCUCACCAGGAAAAUCUCCAGUGUCUUGUCCCUGCCACUCACCCACAUUAACCAAGUGUACAAACAGGGGCCCACAGGGAUACAUAUACUACUCAGUGACCAGAUGGUUUAUAAUUUCCCUGAUGAGAGCAGUUUCAUUGUCAGCACAAUCCAAGAUGACACAAGCGAUGGAUUUCACCUUGUCCUGAAGUAGAGAUGGCUGAAAAACUAUGUGAAGCGGAGAGUGCGAUGACAUCAUAAGGCUCAUACUGCCACUCUUGAGCAUUCAACAUGCUCCCUCCAUCCUUCUCUCUCUCCCUCUCUUUAUCUCGCUCUCUCUUUCUUCACAUCUCGGAUGUUGAAGAGAGAGAGAGAGAGAGAGAGAGAGAGAGAGAGAGCCAGGGUUGGGCAGGGCCUCCUAACUGUUAGAAUCUGACUUCAGUGUGUAAAUUGUUUCAUAUUGAAAACACUUAAACUGAUGCCAGUGUAUUUAAGCGGUGGGCUUUUAAGGAUGUGUGUGAGUGUUUUUAAAGAUUGAAUUAGGAGGGAUGGAGUUAAGAUGAAACCGGAGGAGGAGAUUUGCACAGGAAGUGGAGGAGAUUUGUGACCACUUUUACUUCAGCAUGGUGUUCGUGGAGUGUAUAAUGUCGUGAUAUGGCUGUUCCUCACUUCUGUGGCAAAACAGUCCACGCUCAGACUGUCCUCACUUUACGAGUUAUGAACGUAUAGUACUUGAGUUUGUUCGCCUUUGUGAGUUGUCAACUGUUUUUCUGCCUGCCCCUUUGGACUGUCACCAUUGCACAUUUCGUUGGAAUAAUGACCUCUCUUUCAAAAGUGGGAAAAUGUAUCAUGACUUAGGCAUGUGCAGGGCAACUGUUAUGUCUGUCUGGAUGAAAUGAUUCCUUGAGUUUAAGUAUGAUGCCCUGCAGCUAACUUGAGGUUUGUGAGACUACAUUUUGGCUGUAUCCUACUCUUGUAGAAGACAUUGUCAGUGCUGAUGUCACUUUUCCAAUUCCUCUAUCAAGACCAAUCAAGUCUGGUGCCAUUUUGUUUACUACAUACUGUUAAAACUGACAACUACACAGUAGUUUCUUGGGAUUCUUAGCAUUUAUUUUGUGUUUAGCGGGUUGAAUUAAUCAUCUAAAUGUAAUCUUAUUGGGCCCCACUCUUGUAUUUAAAUAGUGGGAGCCUUUGAUUUUUAGAUGGUGAUUGUUGUUGCCUGGUAACUAUUUUCUGUCCUCCUAUAGUAGCUCCUGGCACAGAUUAUAAUGCAACUUUUGAUAUGGGAAGUAAGCACAAUCGCAUAAACCUCCAUAAAUUAUAUUUUGCAUAAUGCCUUUGCUUUCUUUUAUCUAACUCUCUUCCUGGCCUUGGGACAAGAAUAGUACUUUUGACUGGCCAGCCAGGGCAGGUUCAGUCUGUGGCUUUUUUUAUUAUUAUUAUUAUUAUUAUUAUUAUUGUUCUUUCUUUUUUUUUUUUUCUCACCUUGAAUAGAGAUUGACUUGGUAGGUCAUCUCAGUAGUUAUGUAUCGGGCAGCUGUGCUUUGGCAUGUACUGUGUGUAUUUUUGCCAUGUUAUAGAGGAGCAUGGUUGUAAGAAUGUUGACUUCUUACGAUUCUUUAUAAAAAAGGAAUGACCAAGUCUGCACUGAACUGAACCCACAACAAAUGUCACGCCAUUGGAUACCUUGCUGUUGUUGGAUGUUCACUUAGCAUUUUGGUGUACACAAAGUUUCCAGGUGAAGAAAUUAUCAAAGUAUAAAUAUAUGAAGAGGUGUGUUAUUCUCUUCCUCCAAUGAUGUGGAUCACACGGUCUGUCCUCUGCAUUUCCGUGAUAAUGAUCAUGGUGCCCUCAUGUCACUGUCUGUUUAAAGAAGCCUCUCUUCCAUAGGGGGUGCUGAGAUGUACACAAUUAAGGCCUGUACAAGAAAUAAAAUAGUUUUCUUA